AUGACAUGGCUUUUUGAAUUAAUUGCAUUUCUUGAUGAUAAUUUAUUAGCGUAUGUUAGUUAGUUAGUUUAAAGCUAUUUGCUCUUUGUAUCUAUCUAAUUGUGUAUUUUGAAUAUAAAUAUAAGCUCAUCUAAUAAUUUAGCAUAAUAGAAGUAUUUAUUGAGAUGA